AUGAACUUCAUCAGCAUCCAGCAGCUGGUAAGUGGAGAGAGAGUUGAAAGGACGAAAUUGGAACGUGGACAUGGAGUUCCUGAUCCUGGAGCGGGGCUUCACAGCUGGAGGCUGGGGCCCCAGGAGGCCGAGGCCCGGGAGAGGCAGAAACUGGACGAGGAGAAGAGGAGAAGACUUGAAAGAUUUAACAGUUCCAGAACUAACUUGGAGAACCUGGCUGAUUUGGAAAAGUUGGUUCAAAGACGGAAAGAAAAGCGACUGAAACGCAGGGUCCCCCCCAAGGCACCCCAGCCUGAGGUCAAGCCGCAGCCACAGGCCCAGCUGGAACCCGUGGACCUGGAGGUGUUCCUGAAGGCAGCUGCCGAGAACCAGGAGGCCCUGAUUGACAAGUACCUGGCGGACGGAGGGGACCCCAAUGCCCACGACAAGCUGCACCGCACGGCCUUGCACUGGGCCUGUCUGAAGGGUCACUGUGAGCUUGUGAACAAGCUGCUGGAGGCGGGUGCUGCCGUGGACGCUCGGGACUUGCUGGACAGGACCCCAGUGUUCUGGGCCUGCCGCAGAGGCCACCUGGACAUCCUCAAACAGCUGCUUAACCGGGGCGCCCAGGUCAACGCCCGAGACAAGAUCUGGAGCACGCCCCUGCACGUGGCCGUGCGCACGGGACACUGUGACUGCCUGGAGCACCUCAUCGCCUGCGGGGCCCGCAUCGAUGCGCAGGACAAGGAAGGUGACACGGCUCUGCACGAGGCAGUCCGGCAUGGGCGCUACAGAGCCAUGAAGCUGCUGCUGCUCUACGGGGCUGGUCUGGGCGUGCGCAACGCGGCUUCGGUGACCCCAGCGCAGCUGGCCCGGGACUGGCAGAGGGGCAUCCAGGAAGCACUGCAGGCCCAUGUCAGGCACACCCGGACCCGGUGCUGA